UACAGCCAGCUCAACAGGUUGUGCAUGAAAGGAAAAACAUAAUGUGAGAAUCACACACCUGCCUCCCACAGAGACACGUACACACACCGGAAACAUGAAGACCCUGCUGCUCUGCUCUGCUCUGCUGCUCUCCUUCUCUGUCCUGUCCGUGGAGAGUGAGGCGGUGACAGACGGCGAUGGGGCGUUGAUGACUGGAGCUCCAGAAGAGGCUGGCUGUGAGAAGUUUGAAGGGGAAACCUGCACCAGGGAGUAUGAUCCAGUAUGUGGCAGCGAUGGAAAGGUCUACAGCACCGAAUGUGUCCUCUGCCAGGAAAACAGAAGAGAGAAGACGAAUGUGAAAGUGGCAAAGAAAGGGACAUGUUCUCCUUAACCGUAUAUGGAGCCCAGUCUCACACACACACACACACACACUGUGUAAUGGGCAUAUUCUGUAACUGGCUUUCUCAAUAAAGUUGUACACUGCAACAUA